AUGCUCGCGAGUGCGACCGCAGGACCCGUCACUCGACUCAAGAGCUCCGACGCGGCCGGACUUGUCGGCAUCUUGCAAGCCAACUUCAACCUGACCAAGCUGCGGCCGCCCCAGCGCAAACCUAUCAAGGCCAUCAUUGACAAUGCAGACGUGUUCUGCUGCUUGCCGACCGGCGCUGGCAAAUCGCUGUGCUACAUGUUCCCUGCGCUCACCGUUUCGCGUGGCAUCACCCUCGUCAUCAGCCCGUUGAUUGCUCUGAUGGCGGAUCAGCUAAAGUUCUUGCACCAGCGCAAUAUUCCUGCUCACGAGCUGCAUUCGGCACUGGCGCCGAAAACGCGCGCGGAAAUCAUGGCCGAUAUUGUGUCGCCCUGUCCGAAAACGAGGCUGCUGUAUGUCACGCCCGAGCUCGUUGCCACCGAGCGAUUCCGCUCCGUGCUUCGACGGAUCCAUGCCAACGGCAAUCUCGUUCAUUGCGACAAGAUUGCCGAUGCGCUCUCGCGAGAAGGCGUCCCGUCGGCCGCUUACCAUGCUGGCCUCUCCAGCGCCGAGCGAACGCGGGUGCAGUCAGAAUGGACCGCAGGACGCGUGCCCGUCAUUGCCGCCACCAUCUCGUUCGGCAUGGGCAUCGACAAGGCUGAUGUGCGGUUUGUCGUGCACUGGUCCAUGCCCAAGUCGCUUGAGGCCUACUUUCAAGAGAGUGGACGCGCUGGCCGUGACGGACUCAAGUCGCACUGCCGCAUCUAUGCCUCCCAGGAUGAGCGCGAUAAAAUGUCGUUCCUUGUCUCCAACGAGGCUCGGCGCCUCAUUGUUGGCGAGAAGGCUGCCGACACGACCGAUCCGGCCAUGCUCGGCGACAUGGACUAUUGGAACAGUCCGCUCGAAGGCGACUCUGUUGCGCGUGGUGGGCGGAGCAUCCCUUCUUCCAGCGCACCUGCUUCAACCAAGGAUUCCGAAAGAAGCUCUGCAGAGCGCCAGGCAGCGGCCAUGAGAAGUGCAUUCGAGGCAAUGGUCGGGUAUUGCGCCGGCGUUUCGUGUCGACACGUGCUGAUUGCCAGUUAUUUUGCUGGCAACCGGUCUCAGUUGCCGGCUGCCUCGCCCGCCGCUGACGACAAUAGCGAAAAGAUUGAUGCCCACACGCUCUGCAAUGGCAUGUGCGAUGCGUGCACCAACCAGAACGCCGUGGCAACCAAGGCUGCCAUGUUUUCGUCACGGAUCGGCUCGUACACGAGCGGCAGCAGCAACAGCAGUGCGUCCGCGGCCAAGGGAAUGGUUGCGUUACCUCGCUUCGACGGCGGGUUUACGUCGGCGUCAACAUACUAUGCACGUGGGGGCGGUGGGGGUGGCGAGGACGACGACGGCGGAAGCGUCUCGAUGGCCAGUCUCUCUCGACAAAAGCGCCGUCAAGAACAGGAGGCAGACCGCGACAAGCAAGAGCUCAAGCGGUUUUUGACGGAGGGUCGUGUCGAACGCACAGUGCGGCACGAAGAUGCGCGCCCCGACACGCGACUGCUCGAUGCCAACAAUCACACCCACAUCCCUUUCUUGCUGGUGACUGUCCGUGAAGCAUGCUUUGCCAAACUGCUCGACGCAUAUACUGCCAACUACCUGUCACAGUUGGAGACGAAGAGCAGCAGCUUGGAUGCAGGGGUCCAGGAGCAGCUUGCCUCCUUGACUGCCGACGUCGAGUUUUCAGCAUUUCGGGGGUGCUCGCAAGUCAACACCUACAAGGCGCGGGUCUUUAAGCGCGUUCGUGAGGUUGCUGAUGCGACCCUGCGCGGAGUGCCUUACGAUGGUCCCGUUGAUACGACUCCGGCGAGCUGA